AUGACGGAGCACCUCGACUCCUUCUUCAUCGCGCUCUUCCCGCCCGUCUACAUGGCGCUCUCCGCCUACCGCACCGACCUCACCGAGUUCACCAGUCCGAGGCGUCCGGAGAAGUGGUGCGCGUUGGAGCUGUUCGUGGCGCUCUACGUGUCGGGCAAGCUCGUCGGUGCCGCGUUGCCGCUGGGCUCUUCUUCGCCAUGCCAUUCCGGGGCGCCAUCGUCUUUGGCGCUCAUGCUCAACAUCCGGGGCAUCGUGGAGGUGGCCGCCAUCAACAAUCGGGCGACACCAUGA